AUGCACAGCCUCCAGCCUCGCAUUGACCAGCCCAUUCGCUGCUCCUCUUCCCCCAAGACAGACGACACUUUUCUCCCCACUCGCCUCUGCCAGGGUGGAUUGAUGUCUGAGGAGAAGGACAAGAAGACAAACGAGAAGAGGGAGCAAGAGGAGUGGGAAGAGGAUGAGGACCGCCGGUCGAGCUGCGGUCGCGGUUGUCCGAGCUCGAGUCGCGCCGGUCGUCUGUCCGUGCCAGCCUCAACCGGCCUCCGCGACCUCAUGAUGACACGCCUGUUGCCAAGUGGCCUUCUCGACCACACCGUUUCUGACCUCUCCACCCAUCACUUGGCGGACAAGAUACGAGUCGGCCAGCCGAUCAGCCAAACAGCCGAACAGCCGACCACUCGAGCCGACCAAUGA